UCUUGAUUUUCCCCCCUCCUUUACCCGGAAUUUCACCGAUCCAGGUAUAUAGAAAUGAUGCGGCAGCGAGCUAGAGAUUGCUUUGGUGUUCCAAAAUGGUUCUAUUCACAGCUCUCCUCAUCAACACCGCAAUUGCUCUUGCUACUGCAUCCUUGUAUUGGGAUGGGCGGGUUCCACAGACAAUGACUGAAUCGGACCUUGAUUCCUCGAUUGGUCCAUACUUGACCGUUGUCAAAGGGAGUGAGGACGCCUCGCAUUACACAACUCUUCUCGGAACAGAUUCGACGCCAACUCCUCUUUGGAGUUCGGUCGUCUCAGAGCAAGUCGUAUCACUUACCAUAACGAAUAGUUCUAUUUUCGUUCCAGGGGGCAGUACUCCCCAGAAUGGGUUCCGCAGGACAGACCUUAUUGCUCAGGGUAACGGAAGUAACUCUGCCCUAGACGCUAUAAUGGAAGUUGGAGUUUCGAAAUUUUACUUCUCUGUCCAGGAAAAUGAACAGCUUCCCUUGAACUACUCGCAUGAAUACCAAAUUGUAUUCAUAGAACCCUCAGACGGAACCCAUGUUUUUGAACUUCAGUUAGGCACACCUUUCAGCAACCCAAGUACAACUGAAGUUGCCGCUGAUGCAAAAUUUCUGAAAGUCCGGGAUCAUGCGCUCAAUUUAUUGUUCGAAACCCCCUUUACUGCUGGUCGAUGGCACAAUUUCGCAGUCCAGGUCGAUUGGAAAAAUUUGACUCUUCAAGUUUUUUACUCCGUUGGUGCUGCAGAACUAGUCGCCGUUACCUCUGUAGCCCCGAAUCCCACUGCUGCAACAGGGUCAGCGGGGCAAGGUGACUUCCAUGCUGCCCUCUUAAAGCUUCCUAUCGUGGACCCAAGUGAACCUGCUGCAGAACAAAAUGACGUUGUGCAUUACGGGAUCCAAGAAGGGACCACCGAGGGAUUAUUUUAUUCAGGUCUAUUCGUCGAACAGGUUUCGGUAUGAGACUUAAUUGUGUACAUAUAUAUUGAGUGGAAUUCUAUACCUGAACUGGAACCUCAUAAGCUUUUCGAAAAU